UUCAAAUAGUGUGAAUAUGAAUACCGGAUACGCAGGGUAUCCGGACGUUGCGAUCCCCACCAUUAAAAUUGCCACAACCAAAGUCGACGAGGAAGAUGCGUCACCGUAUCGCGAUGCGCCGCUUGGGCCGUGAUGGCGAGCACCGCUGGGCCAUGCUCCGCAACCAGGUCACGUCGCUCAUCGAGCACGAGCGUAUCCGCACGACGCUGCCCAAGGCCAAGGAGCUUCGCCGCGUCGCGGAGCAGGUCGUGACGCUCGCCAAGCAGAACGACAUCUGCGCCCGCCGCCAGGCGCAGGGCAUCGUGCGCACCAAGACCGAGUUCGACAAGCUCUUCGACACGCUCGGCCCGCGCUACAUGGACCGCGCCGGUGGCUACACGCGUAUCGUCAAGGCCGACUUCCGGUACGGCGACAACGCCGAGAUGGCCGUCAUCGAGUACAUUGACCGCCCGGGUGAGCUUCGCCGCGCCAAGCCGGGUACCGCCCACCUCGCCAAGAAGCAAGAAGAGUAGAUUUGUAUGAAUGGAAUAAGGUAGACACACUUGAACCGCGUGUACGCACUUUUGCUGCAUCCUACUUGGCGCGCUUCGACGGCGUCAUCAUGCUCGGACUGCUCCGAUUGCUGUUCGCGCCGCUCA